AAGGCAAGCAUCACCCUGAGUGGUUGGAAAAAGACAGCCAGGCCGAGAGGCAAAGUGCAGGGGCUGUAAAGUAGGGAGCGAGCAUUCCGGCCACUCUGACGCCAUCUGUUCAAUCCUGUAGCACUUCUCUGCUGCCUCUCUUUCUAGGUCCCUGAUUCUGCAGCUGGCAUCAUGCCACAAGUAAAGACCGAAGUUAAAAAAGUCCUCAAUAAAACCACACCAGGACUGCAGAUAUGGAGAGUGGAGAAAAUGGAACUGGUGCCAUGCCCACCUAAAACAUAUGGACAGUUUUAUGAGGGAGACAGCUAUUUAAUACUAAAUACACAAAAGACCAGCAGCACCUUCACCUAUGACAUUCACUACUGGCUGGGCAAGGCAACCUCUGUGGAUGAGCAGGGGGCCGCAGCCAUUUAUGCUACCAUGAUGGAUGAGCACCUGGGGGGCGUCGCAGUGCAACAUCGGGAGACCCAGGGCUAUGAGAGCCCCACCUUCCAAGGCUAUUUCAAACAGGGCAUCAUUUAUAAGAAGGGUGGAGUAGCUUCGGGGAUGAAGCAAGUAGAAACCAACACGUACAAUGUCCGCAGAUUGCUGCAUGUCAAGGGCAAGAAGAAUGUGGUUGCAGGGGAGGUGGAUAUGAGCUGGAACAGCUUUAAUAAAGGCGAUGUGUUCCUGUUGGACCUGGGGAACCUCAUUAUCCAAUGGAAUGGCCCAAACAGCAAUCGGAUGGAGAGGCUAAAGGGAAUGAAUUUGGCAAAAGAUAUCCGUGACCGAGAGAGAGGGGGUCGAGCACAGAUAACGGUGGUGGAGGGAGAUGAUGAGAGCUCUUCUGAGGAGUCCAUGAAACUGAUGAAACAGGCUUUGGGUGAAAAAAGGAACAUUAAAGAAGCCAUUGCAGAUGAGGUGGUGGAUGAUAAAAUUAAGUCCAGCAUCAAACUCUUUCACAUUUCAGAUGCUGAAGGCAAUCUGGUGGUACAGGAAGUGGCUGUGAAGCCACUAACACAAGAUCUUCUAAAUCCAGAGGACUGCUAUUUGCUGGAUCAGGGUGGAAUACGUAUCUUUAUCUGGAAGGGCCGGAAGUCAUCUAAAAGGGAGAGGUCAGAAGCACUAGAGAAAGCUGAGGCAUACAAAAAGGCCAAAGGUUAUCCUCCAUCCACCUAUGUGGAGACAGUAAAUGAUGGCUCGGAGUCCUCAGUGUUCAAGCAGCUCUUCCAGAAAUGGACAGUGAAGGGUCAAACUACAGGGCUGGGCACAACACAUACUGUAGGAAAAAUAGCCAAGGUUGAACAGAUCAAGUUUGAUGCCACAUCAAUGCAUGCCAGGCCUGAUAUAGCAGCUCAGCAGAAAAUGGUGGACGAUGGGUCUGGUGAAGCCGAGGUAUGGAGAAUACAGGACAAUGAACUAGUCCCUGUGGAGAGAAGGUGGCUGGGACACUUCUAUGGUGGUGACUGCUACCUCAUCCUCUACAAAUAUGAAGUCAACAGCAAAAUGCACUACAUUCUUUACAUGUGGCAAGGUCGUCAUGCAAGCACGGCAGAACUGACAGCAUCUGCAUAUCAAGCAGUCAUUCUGGACCAGAAGUAUAAUGGAGAACCAGUGCAAGUUAGAGUGCCUAUGGGGAAGGAGCCCAUGCACCUUAUGGCCAUUUUCAAGGGCAGGAUGGUGAUUUAUGAGGAGGGCAGUUCCAAAGACGACUCUUCUUAUGGUCCAUCAGGACCAAGACUAUUCCAGGUUAAUGGUUCAAAUGAGUUCAACACACGUGCAGUCGAGGUGCCUGCUCGCUCUUCCUCACUCAACUCCAAUGACGUGUUUGUGCUCAGCACCCCCAACUGUUGCUACCUGUGGUACGGGAAGGGUUGUAGUGGGGAUGAAAGAGAGAUGGGUAAAUCUCUGUCUGACAUCAUUUCCAAGAGAGAGAAGCAUGUCAUAGCAGAGGGUCAGGAACCUGCUGAUUUCUGGUUGAACCUUGGCGGAAAGUCCCAGUAUGCCAGUGGCAAGAGACUGCAGGAUGAAACCAAUCAGAUCACUCCCCGCCUCUUUGAGUGCUCCAAUCAGACUGGUACAUUCAUUGCAACUGAGAUUACAAACUUUGACCAGACUGACUUGGAUGAGGAUGACAUCAUGCUGCUAGACACCUGGGACCAGAUAUUCUUGUGGAUUGGUAAAGGAUCCAAUGACAAAGAGAAGACGGAAGCUGUGGUUACAGCACAAGAGUACCUGAAAAGCCAUCCUGCUGGACGUGACCCAGACACACCAAUCCUAGUGGUCAAGCAGGGGUUCGAGCCACCUACCUUCACUGGCUGGUUCCUUGCCUGGGACCCUCACAUGUGGAGCGGUGGAAAGUCCUAUGAGGAACUGAAGUCUGAGCUCGGAGACGCAACAGACAUCAUUAAGAUUACAGUGGACCUGACCAACUCUCACACCAACUCAAAGAAUUCUGUGAAUGUCCCCCUGUCCCCCACUACACUGCCAAAAUAUCCAGCAGCAAAGCUGGUGAACUGCUCAGUAGAGGACCUGCCUCAAGGCGUCGACCCUGCCAGAAGAGAGGAAUACCUCUCAGAAGAUGACUUCGCUUUAGUCUUGGGUGUUUCACGGAUGGACUUCUACUGCAUGCCCUUGUGGAAACAGAAGAAUAUGAAGAAAGAGAAAGGCCUGUUUUAAGAGAGACAACAGGAAUGUUUCAUUAGUAUGAAUGUCUAAUUGCCAGGGCAGUUACAUUACAUGGAAGUGUAGAUGACUGCCCCUAUUGUGAAAUUAUAAAUCUGUUUGUUUACAUACAUUUUAUUUUAAGUAUCUUAUAGAAAAUUAAGUAACUUAAGCACAAUUACUUUUUUUGAAAAAUUGAAACUAAUAAAUGACUAGUUUGACUUUUAUAUAGAUUAAAAGUUUGAUAAGAUAUGCGAGUAAUUGCUAGUAAUUGAAUGGACUAUUUAAGAAAAACUAUUUGGUUGAUAGGCAGCUUUUUCACAGUACUGUCUUUCUUACAUUCACAGAUUUAUGCUGAAAUACAUGGUGAAUCUACAGUUUCAAUUCAGUAACUUACAGAUUUUAAGGGCAUGGACCUAUGCAAUAUCAUUGUAAUGAUUGUUAUGCCAAAUAAUGUAAUUUAAUAUACACUAAACUAUAUCAAUAUGUUCUCAUACAACUGCCAAUAAAAAUACUAAUGCUAAUAUACUAAGAAUACUAAA